GCACGUAGAGCGCUCUUGAACCCCAACGGUCACCUUUUUGGUUGAAACGGCUACACUCUCUCAUCAAUUCAAACUUCAAAACGACACUCUCAUCUUCUUGCCAAAAUCAACUCGUUCUUUUUCUUCCUAACCUUAACAACACAAACCAAUUCUCCGAUCUCUCUUUCUCUCUCUCUCUCUCUCUCUGUUUUUCAGCAGAUAACGGUACGACGAAAUGUCUAGUCCUCAAAAUGAUCCCCUUUCUCAAGCAGAAACGACAUGUGGGUCACUUCUCUAUGAACUUCAGAUAAUUUGGGACGAAGUUGGGGAGGCUGAGCCUGACAGAGAUAGAAUGCUGCUUGAGCUUGAACAAGAGUGUCUUGCAGUGUACAGAAGGAAGGUAGAUCAGGCAAAUCGGUCUAGAGCUCAACUAAGACAGGCAAUUGCUGAUUGUGAAGCCGAACUUGCAGCUAUCUGUUCCGCAAUGGGAGAGCUGCCAGUGCACAUUAGACAGUGUGAUCAAAAUGCUGGAAGCCUAAAGGAAGAGCAUGCAAGAAUUCUUCCACAGUUGGAAGAGAUGAAAAACAAGAAGUUCGAGCGUAGAAAUCAAUUUAUAGAAGUUCAAGAGCAGAUUCAAAGCAUCUCAAUUGAGAUUUAUGGUCCCAAAGAGUAUAUUCCUGCCGUUGUAGAUGAAACUGAUUUAUCCAUGAGAAAACUUGAAGAAUUGCACAGACAACUGAAUGCACUGCAAAAUGAGAAGAGUGAUCGCCUAAAGAAAAUCCAGGAGCACCUGUAUACUUUAAACUCUCUUUGUUUAGUGCUUGGUUUGGACUUUAAGCAGAUAGUGCUUGGAAUUCAUCCCAGUUUAGGAGACUUAGAAGGACCUAAGAGUGUAAGUAAUAAUACCAUCCAGCAACUGGCUGUUGCUAUACAAGACCUGCGGGAAGUUAAAUUACAAAGAAUGCAGAAGCUCCAAGAUCUUGCUACAACAAUGUUGGAGCUCUGGAACUUGAUGGACACUCCUAUUGAAGAGCAACAGAUGUUUCAAAAUGUUACUUGUAAUAUAGCGGCCUCAGAACAUGAAAUAACUGAACCAAACACCUUGUCUGUGGACUUCAUGAAUUGUGUGGAGGUGGAAGUAUCUAGGUUAGAAGAGUUAAAAUCCAGCAAAAUGAAGGAGCUUGUACUAAAGAAGAGAACAGAGCUGGAGGAGAUUUGUCGUAAGACUCAUUUGGUCCCAGAAAUAGAUGGUGCAGUCGAAUAUGCAGUUGAAGCUAUAGAAUCUGGAACUGUGGACCCUGCUUGUGUGCUAGAACAGAUUGAGCGUCAGGUUGCACACGUUAAAGAGGAAGCUUUGAGCCGAAAAGAAAUACUUGAAAAGGUUGAGAAAUGGUUGGCUGCAUGUGAUGAAGAGUCUUGGCUUGAGGAAUACAACAGGGAUGAAAAUCGAUACAAUGCUGGGAGAGGCGCUCAUCUUACACUCAAGCGCGCUGAGAAAGCUCGUGGCCUGGUUAACAAAAUUCCAGCAAUGGUAGAUGCCCUGACUUCGAAAACUGUAGCAUGGGAAAAGGAAAAUGGUGUUGGGUUCACAUAUGAUGGUAUUCGUUUAUUCUCAAUGCUUGAAGAGUAUACUAUAUUACGACAAGAGAAAGAGCAAGAACGCCGUAGGCAGCGGGAUCUGAAGAAGUUGCAAGGACAGAUGAUAGCAGAACAGGAGGCACUAUAUGGGUCAAAACCAAGCCCUUCAAAACCCCAAAGUGUAAAGAAGGGAUCUAGGAUGUCAACCGGAGGUGCAGCUAGUAGAAGAGUCUCUCUUGGUGGAGCAAUGCUUCAGACUCCAAAACAUGAUUCAAAAGCUACUACUUCGCGUGCCAUGAGAAAGACCGACAGAGUGCAUCAAAUUGAUCAACUAAGUUACCUGGAUGAUGGUGUUUCCUGUUUAUCAUCAGCUCGAAGAGGAUUGGAUAUUGCUGGUAUUCCUACAAAAAAACAAUCAUUUGGUGCUGCUAGUGCUCACGGCAUAGAAUCUCCUAUGACAAGACAACCCUUUUCUCCCAUCUCAUCUAAUGUAUCAUCAAAAGCAAAUGUGGCAAAUGGCGCAAAUGAACUUGGUAUACAGAGCGAGAAGUUGCAGAAAACAAUGCCACUUACCAAUGUGCCAUUCACUUCUCCCUGCAAGGCAACAACUGUGGUUGAUGAAGAGAAUAGAACUCCCAAGGCAAUGCCUAUUCCUGUCCCUGCAACACCUUCAACCAUAUCAGUUCCAAUGAAUAUGGUCUUGACUCCAGUUCCUUCAUCAGUUUUGAUGAAUGUGAGCAUGACUCCUGUUCCCUCUCCAGCUCCUUUUGGCCGCGACUUGGGCCAAGAGAUUGAAUAUUCCUUUGAGGAAAGAAGACUCGCUUAUAUGUUAGCAUGAUUAUGAAGUGUACCUGUGAUGGAUAAUCAUAAGUCAACUAUAAUUGGCUAAGAGAUUAUGUUUUUACCUGUGAUGGAUAAUCAUAAGUCAAUUGUAAUUGGCUUCCUGAUUGUGUACAUUACCAGAAUUGAACUUAGAUUAGGAUGUGGAACAAUCUUAUUAAUGAGAUUUUGCGGUCUAAUGCGAUUUGUUUUUAAUUUCUUUCCGAUUACUUCAUCUGGAAAUGGUCCACUUUUUAUGUAUUGGAUCCAUCCAUAUGGAUAAUUAUUGUUAGUAUUUUGAAUUUGAAAUUUUUCAUCAAGUAUAAGCCUUUUAUGAUUGUAGUUA